AUGUUCGCGGCCGGGACCGAGACGUCCUUCAUCGCGCUGGAGUGGGCCAUGUCGGAGCUGGUCAGGAACCCCGCGGCCACGCAGGAGCUCCAGCGCGAAGUCCGCCGCGCCGCGCCCGCGGACUCCGCCGCCGGCGCGACGGCGACGCCGUACCUGCACGCCGUGGUCAAGGAGACGCUCCGCCUCCACCCGCCGGUGCCGCUGCUCCUCCCGCGCGAGUGCAUGCGCGACGCGGCAGUGCUGGGGUUCCACGUCGCGCGGGGCACGCGCGUGUUCGUCAACGCCUGGGCCGUCGGCCGCGACCCGGCAUCGUGGGGCGCCGCGGCCGACGAGUUUCGGCCCGAGAGGUUCCUGGCGGAGGACCGCGAGGUGGACUUCCGGGGCGCGCACUUCCAGCUCGUCCCCUUCGGGGCCGGGCGGCGCGCCUGCCCCGGGAUGCAGUUCGGGCUGGCCACCGUGGAGCUCGCGCUGGCGAGCCUGGCGCGCCUGUUCGACUGGGAGGUGCCCGGCGGCGCGGCGCCGGGGGAGCUCGACAUGUCGGACGCGCCCGGGCUGACCACGCCCAGGCGGGUGCCGCUCCGGCUCGUCGCCAAGCCGUUCGGUUCGGAGGAGCAGGCGUAG